AGUCCGACCGACAGCCUACACAGCCUACUGUGUCAACUGUGUGUUUGAUAAUACCAUAUCUGUGACCAUAUCUUGAAAGACAGCGAAUGACGAAUUUUGUUUUCGGAAGAGUUAUAGUAAAGGGUGGUUUUAAAAAAUUAUCUGUAUAGAAUCAGUUUUGAAAAUAGAAUAAUUAAUUCUUGAAAGCUAGAGUAGGGCUGUUAGGAAUCGAAGAGAACGCCCAAAAUCUUUGGUGUUACUAUCCUAACCUCUAAUUUCUGUGUUUACGCCUGACGACAAUGUUGUUGACAUUUGGAUGACUUGUGAUCUCGUAAUUCGUUGUUGCUUAGCACAAUAUCUGACUCAGUACUUUAUGAAAAUUGUUUCAUAAUUAUUCCUAGCCUGGACCUUAAUUCAAUAUAGGCUACUGAACAAAUUAGUUCAAAUUAUUUAAAAUUGUGACACACUGACAGUAAUCGAGAAUGAGUAGAAAUGAUGGAAGAAACAGGGGACUGGGUAUCGGAGUUUUGUUACUUCUUUCAGAGAUGAAUAGAUUUGGUUUCAAUUCGAUACCUCCUGUAACACUGGCUGCUAUAGCUGGACAGGUUCUGCUCUUCGUGGGUAUAAUCAAAGUACCAUGGAGUAAAUGGGAUGUUUGUAUCAGUGGGCACAAUGUUUGGAAUAAAGGCCAAUUCAAUCGCCUUGUCCUCUCACUGUUUGAACAUGGAGAUGACAUGCAUCUUUACUUCAACAUGGUGUCACUUUUGCUGAAAGGCUCCUCAUUAGAGAAACGAUACAAGAGUUCCAACUUUUUAAUUUUAAUGACUAUAUUAUCUCUGAUGACCAGUGUAAUAUAUGUUGCAUUGGCAAUGGCUGCUACAGAGCUUCUUGACGACUACUCGUAUAUGAAAAGUUGCGCCAUCGGAUUCUCAGGAGUUCUUUUCGCCUUGAAAGUGGUGACCACACACGAGAGUGCUCCAUCCUAUAUGCAUAUUGAAGGAUUUUCAGUUCCUUCAAGGUAUGCCGCGUGGGUGGAACUCAUAGCCAUACAUCUGGCUGUGCCAAACGCUUCAUUCCUUGGACAUCUAGCUGGAAUUGUUGCGGGAAUAUUAUACACGAAAACAUACCUCGGCAGUAUUAUUGAUGAACUGAUAAAGCACAUAACUGGAAGAACAAUGGAACAUGACAUCCACUAUUACAAUAUCCCUGAGGCUGAAAACUAUCAAAGCAACUCGAACUACAGCAGCGACAACUCCAACUCGAAUAGCUUCUUCUCAAACUUCAAUAACUUUGGUUAUGGCCGAAACUCAUUUCCCUCCAGAGGGUAUAGGGUUCCUCCAGGAUAUGGGGUUCCUCCAGGCUAUGGGGUUCCUCCAGGUUAUGGGGUUCCUCCAGGGUAUGGGGUUCCUCCAGGGUAUGGGGCUCCUCCAAGUUAUGGGUUCAGGUAUUGAUGAAAUUGAUUCAGUAAUUGGAAGACCAUCGGUAUUGAUUCAAGCUUCUACUUGAGGCUACUUAAAUAUUUGAAAAAUGUCAGGACUUCGAAUCUGAUCCAUAUUUUUGAGAACGACGCAUAAAUUUCUCAUCGCCAUGUUUUCCAUCUUUACCCAGUGAUGAACUGUAUUUAUGUAAAUUAUUUUCACGCACAUUCUGAUCAAUUUAUUAUUUCUCGUUUUAGACAAAAUCUGACUGUUGUAAUGAUACAGUUUGUGUUGAAUGAGUAUGUUUGAACGUUGUUGUGAAUUCUGUUUCUAUGAAUAUGUGUGCACAUUCAAUUGCGAAAUUUGUGUUCAUUAUGUGGCUACGCUCGUAUGUAAAUAGUUUGUAUAAAUCUCUGUAAUUAUUUAAAUACAUUUUGAGUUCGUUAAAU